AUGCGAGUACAGGUUCUUUUCGUUGCCUUGGCCAUCAGCAUCGCCCUUCAGGCCGAGGCUGCCGGCCAAGACCGCUUCAUUCGUCAGCGUGCCGAAUGGCUGAAAAAGCGCGCCAGUCAGGCCUGGGCGAGUAAGUCGCAGGGAUAAGUCGGCGACGUGGGAAGGACUGGUCUGAAUGUCAAUCCGCCUUGCUCCUCGCGCAGUGUUCUCUGGGACGAAAAUGCAGGAAGAAGCGUCUUUCUUGCCUUCCAACCAGCUUACGUUUACGCACGAGAACGGCGUAGCGGCACCAAGUCCUUAUGCUGUCAAUCGCGUUGGCGUCGACGGGCCACUGCUCUUUACCAGCCCUCACAUCUUCGAUGAUUUGGCUCAUUUUAACCGCGAGCGCAUUCCUGAGCGCGUGGUACAUGCCGUCGGUGAGUAGCGCCCAGUAGAUUAUCAGGCAAAUUAACGCGACUCACGUUGCUUCUCCGUUUUAAAGGCGCCGGCGCUCAUGGCACUUUUGAGGUCACCACGGACUUUGCUGAGAAGUACAGCAUGUCUCCAGCAUUCAAGAAGGGCAGCAGCCACAGCAUCACCGCUCGCUUUAGCACUGUCGGCUCUGCACGCGGCGGUCCCGAUGUGGCUCGUGAUCCUCGGUGAGUGGUUUAGGGAUUGUGGGAGCCGUUGUGGCAGCUGACGUUGCGCGCUCCGUCAUGCCUCAGAGGUUUUGCCAUCAAGGUAGGUACCUCGAGCAGAUUUUCCCAGCGACUGUCUGACCCGUGCUGGCUCGCUACUUAGAUUCGGACGAAGGACAAUGGUAUUCUGGACUGGGUGAGUGCACAUCACUGCAUCUAGCACUCUCGCCCGGUAACGUCAUGCGCCUGACGAUGCAACUCUUCCAAACCAUGUAGGUGUUCAAUAAUACUCCAGUCUUUUUCAUUCGCGAUCCCCUCAAAUUUCCAGCAUUCAUCCACACUCAGAAGACCAAUCCUCAGACAAAUCAAAGAGACCCAGACAUGGUCUUCGAUUAUCUUUGGCAGAACCCUGAAGCAAGCUUGCAAUUCUUGCGUUUGUUCUCCGACUUGGGGACGCCUUUUGGCUUCCGCCAUAUGCACGGUUGGUCUGGCCACACGUACAGACUGGUCCAACAAGACGGCUCUUGGGUGCACGUCAAGGUCAAGCUUGAAAGUGAUCAGGGUGUCAAGGUGAGUCUGGUAGCCGAGUAUCGCAUCGGAAGAACGCACGAGGACCGCGAGCAAUGUGGGAGAGAGCAGUGUCACUGGCCCGUCGGUGCAACAAACUCUGACUAGAUCUUGCACACAUGCGCACAGAAUUUCACCGGGCCUCAAGCCAAUUACAUCGCGGGUCAAAACCAGAUGUGGGCCACACAAGAUCUGUUUGAAGCCAUCGAGCGCUCCGAACACCCAUCGUGGACCGUCAAGUUUGCCGUCAAGACCAUCGAAGAAGGCAAACAGUACAAAUACAAUGUCAACGAUUUGACAAAGGACUGGAUGGAUGCCCAGUGGCAUGACGUCGGCAAGAUGACGUUGACACAGAAUGUGGAAAAGUGCGCCCCCGACUUGACGCGCAAAAGGACGACCGCCUGCUUCCUGACACAGUCUCUUUGGCUCUCAGCUACUUUGCCGAAAUUGAACAAGUGCACUUCAGCCCAUCCAAUGUAAUCGAAGGCUGGGCGCCUUCCAACGACCCGUGAGCGAUAGGAUACGCGAAGACGUGUCGGGAUGAACCGUGCUCACAGGUUCGAGAUCAACGCUCUCCCUCAGUGUCUUGCAGUCGCGUCUGUUCAGCUACAACGAUGCAGCAAGGCACCGUCUCGGUGCCAAUUAUCUUCAGGUGCGUUACCGCAGGCUCUCCCUGAGGCGGGUGUGUACUAAAUCCGUAUGUUCCCAACAGAUCCCUGUCAACUGUCCCCUGUCUCAGACUGCUCACUUUCAACGUGACGGCAAGAUUGCAGUGCAUGGAAAUCAGGGCAAGAGAGCACUUUAUCCGAGCAGUACCGACGCGUUGAAGUACGUCAAGUCGUACGUCUACCCCAAGGAGGAUCUCGACGAGAAGAGAAUCGUAUCUUUCGAGAGCCAGAUGCAGGAGCUUGACUACGACCAACCUGUGAGUAUGCCAUGGCCGCGCGUUAGCCAGCGAAGCUGACGACGGUCAUGAUGUCCAUUGUGCAGCGCGCUUUUUAUCAAGGACUCGCAGAGCACGAUAAGGUCAACAUCGCGGCCAACUUUGGUGGUACUAUGGCGCAUAUGAAGAACACCAACGCUCAGAACGAGUGCAUCAAGCUCUUUGAAAAGAUCGACGCGCGCCUUGGCAAGGACGUGGCGGCCGCGAUUGCCGAGGCGAAGAAGCAGCCUCCAAUUAAUGGAGUCAAGGACCCAUCGGAGAUUGUCGUACCGGGAACUCCGGCGCAGACGCCUUUUUCUGGCCAGAGUGGCACCUCGACGGUACCUACCGGUGAUGCCGGUGGCAAUGGCAGCCCGCCAAGCACUGCUGCUCCGAAAGACGGUGACUCGCAGCCUACCACAGGCCAAGGUAGCCCGCCAACAAAGACCAGCAAGGCUGCCGACAGCGGAGCAAAGGGCAAUGCCGAACCUCAAAAGGCUGAUAGCGGUAACAAUAUCCCACCCAAGAAGGUGGAUGUGCCGAAGGGUGAAGUGGGCAACACUACGCCCACUACCAGCUCCAACACCAACAAGUCCAACGGAGGCACCGGCACCAGCAACGAGAAGCCCAAUGUUGCCAGCAGCCAAGACGGGAGCACCGCUCACGAUGCCUCACCUUGAGCCGCAGGCUGGGCGUGGCGUGUGAAGUUACCAGUCUCUCUGCUCUCUGCUCUCGUGUCCACGUCCACUCUUUCCCGAUAAUUCGGUGCCUAGCUUGACCAUUCAUUACCUUGUGAAUGUCUGUCAGUCCUCUCAGAUUUGGCGUCCAAAGAUACUCUUUUCUCAACAAAUUGUUCGUGUAAAGGAUGGCGUGAGUCUGAUUCAGGUCAAGUUUGGUACUCCAGUAGUACUUGUUCGUGGAACGGCGUCGUCGUCACGCUUGAAGGUGGCGCGUUGGCGCUCUUGAUGAUGCCCGUCGAGGUGAGGAAGUCUGCUUGACCACGCUGAGGAUCGCUUGGCCAUAGCAUUGGGCAGAGCUUUGCUCAAGUUGCUGCCAUUCAGAGUGCAAGCAAGAGCUUGCUCCCCCACCCUCUGCGCGAAAGCUCGAGCUCGAGCUCGGAGCCUUCCACCAACGAGACGCCAACGCUGAGAAGAGCUGCUGCCAAUCAGCGUUCGACUUUGUGA